AUGGGCUUCUUCAAGCGACUGACAAGCGGAUCCAAGUCGACCAAGUCUGCCUCCUCAGCUCCCACCGCCUCGCCUUCGACCGCUCCCGCCUUCACGCUCGACAAACGAGGCGAAGACGCCCUCUGUGCACUGGGGAAGUACGAUACGGUAUUCUUGGUGGAUGACUCGGGCUCGGUGAUGGGCGUGUGGGAGGCGCAGUUGGCGACGGCGCUCAGUGCGGUUGUGAAGACCGCAGCGCAGUACGACGACGACGGUGUCGACAUCGCCUUCUUCAACUCGCGCGAACGCUGUACCUCAACAAGUUCCGACGAGAUCCUCGAAGUCUUCCGCCGCGUGAAGCCGCGGUACAAGACGCCGACGGCGGAUGCGGUGAGGAGGGUCUUGGAGCCGUAUAUGCAGACUCUCGAAGAAUGGCAGCGGAGCGGCAAGGAGAAGGGCAAACCUCGACCGAAACCGCUCAACUUGGUUAUCCUCACAGACGGCGCACCGCACGACGACCAGAACCCUAGGAUGGUGCUCGUCGAGACGGCGCGCCGACUCGAUGCCGGACGCUUUCCUCCAUUCCAGGUCGGGUGUAGCUUUGUCCAGAUCGGCAACUAUACGGAGGCGGCAGAACACUUGCGAAUGCUCGACGACGACCUCAAGGAGAAGCACGGGUGCGCCAGCCUUUCUCGACUCACCCGAAGCCGGCUGCUUGCUUUGAAAGCCCAAAAAUUUGAAGCUGACUCCCUUGGCCACGCAGGAUCCGCGACAUGGUCGACACGACGUUGUUCGAGGGGUCCUGCAGUGCCGAAUACCUCCUCAAGGCUCUCCUUGGCGGCAUCAACCGCUCAAUUGACCGGCAGGGGCAGUCUCGCCGCUUGA